AUGUCUUCGUCACAUUCAUCGGUGUAUGUGAGCGCCACUAGUGAAGCAAGUGGUUCAGCUGCUGGGGCAAUUCGUGCUUUAACUCUUGAAUUAAAAAGUCUUCAGACCUCACCACUUGAAGGCUUUACAGUGAAUCCAUCAGAAAGCGAUAUAUUUGUUUGGACUGUUGCUAUAUUUGGCCCUCCAGGCACACUUUAUCAGGGUGGAUAUUUCAAAGCCAUGAUCAAUUUUCCGAAGAAUUAUCCGUAUUCGCCGCCUUCAGUGAAAUUCUUAACCAAAGUAUGGCAUCCAAACGUUUAUGAGAGCGGAGAUCUUUGUAUAAGCAUCUUGCAUCCUCCUGUAGAUGAUCCACACAGUGGUGAACUUGCUUGUGAACGCUGGAAUCCAACUCAGAACGUUAGGACUAUUUUAUUGUCUGUCAUUUCCCUUUUGAACGAACCUAAUACUUCUUCACCAGCUAACGUUGACGCUUCUGUUAUGUAUCGCAAGUGGAAAGAUUCUAAUGGGAAAAUUGAUGAUUACGCUCGGAUUAUCAGGAAACAAGUGGAAGCUUCUCGUGUAGAGGCAGAAAAAGAUGGAAUAGUGGUUCCAGAAACGUUGGAAGAAUACUGUGUUAAAACCCAACCAAAACCUAGCGAGGAGGAAUUAGAUGAAUUUGACCUGGACGAUGAAGGGUACCCUUAUGAGGGCAGCGAUUAUGAAGAAGAAUAUGAAGAGAACACUGAAGACAGUGGUCAGGGGGAAAACUGA